AUGCACGUCAACAUCGCCCUCGCCGCUGUUGCCGGGUUGCUCGUGCCGGCAGUCCAGGCCCAACCCCAUGCGGCAAGCUGCAGCCGGGACCCGUACAAGAAGUUUCUGUGCUUGUCGACGUUUGCUCCUCUCGUGUCCUACUGCGUGCGGACGCGCCCGGCCAUUCCCACGCCGACCUGUAUAACCGUCUCUACUGCCACAGUUAAUCAACUUGCGACAGUCGUUGCUAUCGAAACGGCAGUAGCCAGCGCUACGCUGACAGCGCAGGUCACAAUUACGGAAACAACCAUCAUCACCCAGACCGAGACCGCUCAGGCCACUGCGGUCGAGACCUCCGAGGUCAUCGUCACACAGUUCGCGACUGUGACGGCCACCACGGCCACGACGUCCACGACAACGAUUGUUAGCACCGCCAGCACCUCGACCACAAGAACUGUCGUUCGCACUGCGCUUGCAAUCUACACCGGGCUGACCACGGGAAUUAUUGGUGGCUCGACCUACACUCAGGGGGUCAUCAUACUUUUCACCGGUUCUGUUGUCGUAGUCGCCAAUCGCGCUGUCAGCACCGUCACCAUCACGCCGGCCUGCAGGCGGACUGCUGGCCCGGACCCCAGCUCGAACGCGCAGCUAUGGGCCGAGGCUCUUCGUCUUCCCCGUCAAGGGCUACGGGCCUUUGUUGACAAUCUAUGCGACUGCUUGGACCUCCCUGCGCCUACGACUCCCCCGUGCAAAACGUCUACCAGCGCGGCCCUGGCGGUCCUGGCUCUGACCACAACGACGACGCGUAUAGCCACAGUCACCUCGACAGGCACUCAGACGCUGACUGCAAUGGCCAUCGCCACUGCCUUCCAGACUGUCACCACAACCGCAAGCACUACCGCCACGGUGACCAACACGAGGACGACAACGCAGACAAACACCCAGACAGAGACCGACACCGUCACCAAUGUCGCACAGGCGACGACAACCUCGACGACGACUAUCCUAACGACCUCUACCUAUUUUGCGGCCACGACGUCCGUCACAAAUUACAUUGUUGGUGCUCCAACAACUGUCUUUGCCGCCUGCACCUGA